GAUGACUUUUAGAUGGGAUCAUAUUCGUACAGUGCAUAGCUCUACAGUGGAUCGAAAAAGUCCAACCAGAAAGAACUGUGAUAUGCAGUGAUUCCAUGGCUGCGCUCACUAGUCUACUAAGUGGUAAAUCUGAAGCUAGGCAAGACUUAGUAUUUGAAGUUUUACAAAGUUUGUUUAGAAUAAGGCAGUUAAGGAUAGAGGUACAUUUCCUCUGGGUACCUGCACAUGUGGGUGUGGAUGGAAAUGAAGAAGUAGAUUUACUAGCAAAGAAAGCAUUAAAUCAUCCACAAGUAGAAAUUAAAUUAGCUUCAAGUAAAGAUGAAUUCAAGAGAGUGAUAUCAUCUGAAGUAAGUAAGAAAUGGCAAACGUUAUGGAAAAGUGGGUUUAAAGGAAGACAUCUUUUCCAGAUUCAGGAGUAUGUUGGAAAUGAGAGGAAAAGAUAUGGAAAUAGGAAGAAGCAUUUCUCCAAAGAAAUGUGGAGAAUUAGAAACAGUGAGGCAUAUCCUUAAUGAGUGUUCUGCAUAUGAAAGGGAGAGAUUCCAAUUAAUACAAGAAUGAGGACGGUUGGGGGUGGAUAAUAUCUCUUUAAAAGUAUUGUUAGGAAACGGGUCAAGGCAAUCAAGAGUACAUGAAAUAUUAUUUAAAUACCUAAAAAACACAGGAACAUAAUUAAAUAUAGGAAUUAAAAUACCUUUUUUACUAUAUCUUCCUUCCAAAUCGAAGUACUCUCCACACUCCAGAUCAGUAGGUGGCGGUAAUGCACCUUUUCGUGGGUUUGCCAAACCGUCAUAAAACACAAGAAGAAGAAGAAGACUGUUGCGACUCAUGAUGAUGAUUAGUCGAGAUUUGCUAACACACAAUUCCCUAAAAAGCAAAGAGGGUGAGAAUGGUGUUGGGGCAAACAGCGUCACCGACAGUCACCACAUCGUUGUCGAUUUCGAGGAUAAAAACAGAGGUCUUGAAGGCGACAUGGACAUGGACAUGGAUAUGGGUAUAUUUGCUCCUGUCGAGUCCUCCGACUGUGAGGAAGAUGAUGAAGAGGAACGCUCCCGGAGAACAAACAACGGAGAGCUAGAUAACACUGAAGAUGUUGAUCCCUCUGAGGAGCCUUCCAGCAGUUUUCAAGGAUGUCGUAAAAGGAAAUCAAAUGUUUUGGCAGAGCAGAAUGCUGAGUGUAGUGAAGCAGACAAGAAAAUGGAAUCGAACAAAGUGAGCAAGAAAAAGUGCAUCAAAUGCAACAUGGCCAUUGGUGUUGCAACCAAGGUUUGCAAGGCAUGUGGAGAGGCACAACCAAUGAGACGAAAGCUUCAGAAAAAGAUUAAAAAAUAUGAUGAAGCCUGGGCCAGUGCUCCGAUGGAGAACGGGAAGUUAAACAAUCUAUUUGAUGAAACAAAUCUCCUGCUUCACAAGUGGCAGCUGCUGGGCAUGUACCCGCUUUUCCUGUUGGGGGGAAAGAGACGAUCUAAGACUGUGACCCAGUGCCUGUGUCCAAUCAAAUUUAAACACCCCCAGAAUAAGGAGGCACAGGACACUAUGCGGCAGAUUUUUGUUAGGCUGAUAAACGCUCAACAAACAGCCCUCGAGCCAAUUGUCACCAAAGCUCCGGCCCAGCCACCAGCCCCCCAGCUACAACUAAUCCAGCCUCAGAGGGCCCUUCAACCUGUGAUCCCAUCUUUGGUCGCACAGCAAGUACCCGUCUUUCAGUCUUUAGUCCAGCCACUGGCCACCCAUCUACCAGUCACCCAGUCUCUCUGCUCUACACCUCCCACUGUCAAAGGGAUCACAGAUGAUGACCUAAUGGAACUAAGACGACUUGCACCUAAUGCAGCUAUUUUCACCAGUAUGGACAUCAGUGCCACUGCGCCGCUUACAGGUGUCCGUGACAAAGCCGUCCAGCACACGGUCCAAGUGAAAGUGGAAAAGUUAGACUAAUUUCUCUUUUGCUCUGGUCAUGUUGUUACCAAUUCCAGUAUAUCACCAGAUGGGACUGUGUUUCUACUAUGAGUGUCUCAAAAUGAAGCAUGUGGAUUUGCAAACCGUGCAACAUUCCUAGGGAUGGGUACCGAUAACCGGGUAUUAAAAGAGCCCCAGGGCUAAUUUAUGAAAGACCGGAGCAUCGAUAAGCUUCUGCUUUUGGUACUGGAGAAACACACGGCACGCGCAGCUUGUAUCUGAAUGCUCCGCUUUGCUGCGCGUCUACCCAAACAGGGCGUCAUGGGCUGUUCAAAUUUCACGAACGCGCGCUGCCUGUGUUUGAAUGCUUUUGAAAUUCGUCUCCGUUUAGCGUUACCAACAGAUGGGACAUGCGUGCAACCGAUUCAAUUGGAUUAAAUGAUGUGACAACACAUUUUGCUUAUUUAUAUAAUAAUAAAAAAACUUAAAAACAAAUAAAUCAGCCCAAAUAUAAUGUAAUAUUUGAUAACAUUGAGAGCUUAAUAAGGCAUUGCUUUACUUACAUAGGACAAACAUAUAAAUCGGUCCAUUAAAACACACAUUUAAAUAUUUCAAAACUUUUUUCGGUUAAGUUGCGGCCAACCCACUUCUUUUAAUACUGCUUGUCUGAGCUGAAUACAAUUUAUUUUACAUUGCACCGCUGUAUAGUCUUGGCCACCGUGCUGCAGCUCAGUUUCAGGGUCUUGGCAAUCUUCUUAUAGCCUAGGCCAUCUUUAUGAAGCGCAACCAUUCUUUUUUUUAGAUCCUCAGAGAGUUCUUUGCCAUGAGGUGCCAUGUUGAACUUCCAGUGACCAGUAUGAGAGCGUGAGAGCGAUAACACCAACUUUAACACACCUGCUCCCCAUUCACACCUGAGACCUUGUAACGCUAAAGAAUCACAUGACACCGGAGAGGGAAAAUGGCUAAUUGUACUCACUUUUGUUGCCAGUGGUUUAGACAUUAAUGGCUGUGUGUUGAGUUAUUUCGAGGGGACAGCAAAUUUACACUGUUAUACAAGCUGUACACUCACUACUUUACAUUAUAGCAAAGUUUCAUUUCUUCAGUGUUGUCACAUGAAAAGAUACAGACGUGCUCAAAUUUGUUGGUACCCUUACAGCUCAUUGAAAUAAUGCUUCAUUCCUCCUGAAGAGUGAUGAAAUUAAAAGCUAUUAUAUCAUGUAUACUUGCAUGCCUUUGGUAUUUCAUAUAAUAAAGCAAAGAAGCUGUGGAAAGAGAUUAAUUAUUGCUUAUUCUACAAAGAUACUCUAAAAUGGCCUGGACACAUUUGUUGGUACACCUUAGAAAAGAUAAUACAUAAUUGGAUUAUAGUGAUAUUUCAAACCAAUUAGUUUCUUUAAUUAGUAUCACACAUGUAUCCAAUCUUGUAAUCAGUCAUUCAGCCUAUUUAAACGGAGAAAAGUAGUCACUGCGCUGUUUGGUAUCAUUGUGUGAACCACACUGAACAUGGACCAGAGAAAGCAAAGGAUGGAGUUGUCUGAGGAGCUCAGAAAGAAAAUAAUAGACAAGCAUGGUAAAGGUAAAGGCUACAAGACCAUCUCCAAGCAGCUCGAUGUUUCUGUGACAACGGUUGCAAAUAUUAUUAAGAAGUUUAAGGUCCAUGGAAUUGUAGCCAACCAACCUGGGCGCGGCCGCAAGAGGAAAAUCGCCCCCAGAUUGAACAGAAGGAUACUGCGGUAGAAAUGGUAGAAAAAGAACCAAGGAUAACUGCAGAAGAGAUACAAACUGAACUCCAAGGUGAAGGUACAUCAGUUUCUGAUCGCACCAUCCAUCGGUUUUUGAGCAAAAGUGGGCUCCAUGGAAGAAAAAGCCAGACUGGAAUUUGCUAAAAUUCAUAUUGACAAGCCACAAUCCUUCUGGGGGAAUGUCCUCUGGACAGAUGAGUCAAAACUGGAGUUUUUUGGCAAGUCACAUAAGCUCUAUGUUCACAGACGAAAAAAAAUCAAGCUUUCAAAGUGAACACCAUACGUAAAGUGAAACAUGGAGGAGGCUCGGUUAUGUUUUGGGGCUGCUUUGCUGCAUCUCGCACAGGGUGCCUUGAAUCUGUGCAGGGCACAAUGAAAUCUCAAGACUAUCAAGGCAUUCUGGAACGUACUGCCCAGUGUCAGAAAGCUCUGUCUCAGUCGCAGGUCAUGGGUCCUCCAACAGGAUAAUGACCCAAAACACACAGCUAAAAUCACCCAAGAAUGGAUAAAAACAAAACAUUGGACUAUUCUGAAGUGGCCUCCUACGAGUCCUGAUCUGAAUCCUAUGGAACAUCUAUGGAAAGAGCUGAAACUUGCGGUCUGGAGAAGGCACCCAUCAAACCUGAGACAGCUGGAGCAGUUUGCUCAGGAAGAGUGGGCCAGACUACCUGUUAACAGGUGCAGAAGUCUCAUUGAGAGCUACAGAAAACCUUUGCUUGCAGUGAUUGCCUCUAAAGGUUGUGCAACAAAAUAUUUGGUUAGGGGUCCCAUCAUUUUUGUACAUGACAUUUUCAUUUGUUUUAUUGUUUACAAUUUUAUGUUGAAUAAAAAAUCAAAAGCAAAGUCUGAUUUCUAUUAAAUAUGGAAUAAACAAUGGUGGAUGCCAAUACUUUUGUCAGUUUCAAGUUAUUUCAGAGAAAAUUGUGCAUUCUUCGUUUUUUGUGGAGAGGUACCAACAAACUUGAGCACGUCUGUAUAAUAAAAUAUUUACAAAAAUGUGAGGGGUGUACUCACUUCUGUGAGAUACUGUAAAAGCAGUAUUAUUCCAUUCUUUCGUUCUUUAUUUUUGGUCUUAUUUAAAAAAUAUCAUGAUGCUGCUCUUUUGAUUCUGCAUUAUGAAAUAGUCGGGAAAAGCAUCAUGCAGCCAUUAUUUACAAGAUACUUCAGCUGCUUCUUACAUUCCGUGACGGGACUAGAAGUCUCCUUGGCUCCCUAACCAUCUACGGGUGAAAAGAAAUAAGAGUGUAGAUAGAUAGGCCCACCUUAGCAAAAAGAUCAAUAAAACAUGGAGCAUUGAUAUGAUUCUAGGUAUGAUGCUAGAAGGGAGUUCGAGACACAAAUUGGACAACUAAAUAUGACACUAGACAAUUGUCAACUAGAAAAGGCUCAAUUUCUUAAACAAUUAUUUGAAAAUUACUGUGCUAAGUGAAAGUUUAAUAUGUAAAACGUACCAAGUAUAGUGUAAGAUCUGCUGUCCACACUCCAGUACAAUUGGUGGCGGUAAUACACCUCUAAGCUGGUUUGCCAACUACCAUUAGAACCUAUACACACUCCGGAGCAGAAGGUGGCGCUAAUUCACUUACACUGGCUGUCAGCCACGGUUACAAAGUAACCAAGAAGAAGAAGUGUGUUGUGCACUGCUCGACUUCAUGCUCGUCCAAACAGCGGUUCUCGCUUCAGGUAAACAAUGCAUGAUUUGUGAUUAUUAUGCAAGUGAACAUGCAUUGUCAAAAUGUGAUGUUUAUCCUUUUUUAUUGCGUUGUUAGGCGUUACAUGUCUCGACGUGGAGGAAUGUCUAAAAACUCAUCAGAUUUUCCAAAACAGUUUAUUAUUGCUUAAGCCAAUUUUGUGCGCCUAUAAUUUUUUUCUGUGCAUUAAAUCUGGUAUGUCUGUAAUCUGUAGUGUCCAAAGUCGGUCCUAGAGGGCUCUGGUGCCCUGCAGAGUUUAUCUUAAACCCUAAUCAAACACACCUGAAGCAGGUAAUCAAGAUCGCACUAGGCAGAUUACAAACUCCCAGACAGGUGUGUUGAGCCAAGUCGGAGAUAAAGGCCCUGUCCCAAAUGGCACACUUCACGUGGAUUUGCGUUCUCGUGGACCUAAAUUGCGCGUGCUCGCCAAGUCUACGAGUCCGUAGGUGUCCCAUUUGUCUUUUUAGUGCUCAGAAGUCUGCUCGCGAGCGCCUCCCUUGUGCCCUCGAUGCGGUCUUUGGCGAAGCUCGCAUUGAUGCCGACUCCACUGAAGUACCCUACCCAGGAAUCCUUGCGAACGCCCAAUCACAGAACGGAUGGGAGGAGUGUCGUGGAUGUCAGACAUAUACUAAACAUGACGGAUACAUUUUUAAAUGUAUGUUUUGAUCAAAUUCAGAUAAAUAUUAAAUAACAACAUAAUGUGUUCUUAAUAUGCAUAUAAGUAUAGUGUAUACAAAUAAAUAAAUAUACAUAAGCAGUUGCAUUUACGUCAUGCCAAAGGAAUGCAUUACAAACAUACAUUUCUAUUGCAUAAUGCUCGGGUGGCAUAUCAACAUAUGAAAUACAGAACUAUAAAAACCCCAGCUCCUGUCCCAAGUAACAACAAUGGGACAACAAGUGUGGUCGACUUCACGCGGCGCUGUGCAGACUGAUCAGAGUAUGGCAACAAAGUACCGCGAGAGUGAUUAGAAAGCACCGCUUGCUCUUUCCAGCGUGAUGACGUGAUGAAGUCUGUCCCAAAAUGCACUCCCAUGUACACUUGUGCCUAGUGCCCUAUAGGUCUGCACUUCCUGACGUCACCAUGCGUGGACUCUGAGGAGGUCCACAAGACCGGAGUGCGCCAUUUGGGACAGGGCCAAACUCUGCAGGACAUCGACCCUCCAGGACCGACUUUGGACACCAUAUCAUACUGUCUGUGUUGAAACAUAACCAUGCCAAAAAAAGGAAAGAGGAGUCAAGCUCAGAAAAGGCGCAGAAGGAUAGAAGCUUUACUCCGCACAAGUAACGCUACCAACUAUGCAUCAGGGGAGGCAUCCGUGGAUCCAGAAAGUCCAGACUUUUUUCCCUCAUUGUUUGAAUAUUCGGAACAGGAUCAGGAUAUGGAAGCUCCAGACGUAAUGGACAGUUCUAUCUUAAAUAAGAUGACAAGGAGGGAUACAUGUAUACGCAAGUCCUCCUUCACUGAAGCUUCAAGGUCUUCCACUGCAGAGGAAGCAGAGGAGUUUUGUACUGAUGAACAAGAUGCCAUGAUCCCUCUAGAAAUCUACAAUAAACUCCAAGUCCAGCACCAGCAGCUUAUGAUAGAGUACAUUGACUUGUGCACAAAAUCUUACGCACUCCAAGAGGAAAAUAACCAGCUGAAAGAAGAACUUUGCAGCAGGAUGUUCUCUUUCAGCUCAAUCCGAAUGAAAGCUCAACAAAUGCUUUUCUUUACCGGUCUGAGCACUGUCAUUUUUGAGUGGUUGUUAUCUAAAUUGAAGGGCAACGUGCCGGCGAUGUACAGCACGUUGAGCCUGGAAGAUCACCUGUUAGUUGUGUUAAUGAAACUGCGCUUGGGUCUAAGAAAUGAGGACAUCGCUUUAAGGUUUGCAGUAACAGAAAACGCCAUCUCCAAUAUUUUAAGAAACUGGAUCCGUAUAAUGGCACAGACAUUAAAGCCAAUGAUUAAAUGGCCGACCAGGAAUGCAGUUCUCAAGAAAAUGCCAAAAUGUUUUCAAAAAAAGUAUAGGCAGUGUCGGUGUAUUAUUGACUACAUUGAGGUUUUUAUUGAAACGCCAAGAUGUAUGAUGGAUCAAGCGCAGACGUGGUCAAAUUAUAAGCAUCGCCAUACUGUGAAAUAUUUAGUUGGGUUAACACCAGCAGGGGCGGUUUGUUUUUUGUCACCAGGCUGGGGUGGAAGUGUUUCUGUCAAAGAGAUGGUAUCAAAUUCAGGAUUCUUCGAACUGCUGGAACCAAUGGAUAAAAUUCUGGCCAUUCGAGGGUUUCCGAUUAGAGAGGACCUUGUGGCAUACCAAGCCACUCUUCAUAUUCCACAUUUCAAAAAAAGCGACAAGCAGCUGUGUGCUUCUGAAGCUGGCACACCAGGAAGACUGUCGAAUGUAAGAAUACAUUUGGAAAGAGUCAUUGGGCGUUUGAAGAAGUUCACCAUUUUGACAUCUGUUAUUCCACGUAAUCAGGAAGACAUCCUGGGUGAUAUGGUGACAGUGUGUGGGGCAUUAACUAAUCUUUGCCAGACGUAGUGCCUAGAAAAUAGAUGCACAGACGAGGGUAAAAAGAAGCAAACUGCUUACUGGCUGAGCAAAGAUGGUGUAACGUGGUGCAUUCCCAGGGUUUUAUUGUGGGGUGUUUUUUUCUACCGAUACAUGAUUUAUAUUAAAUGCUUUUGAUUGAGAUUCUUUAUUGACAAGGAGUUAUGCAUUGACAUGUUUAAGUUUAACCUCAUAUGUUUCAUGAUGAAUAAUGUUUUUUUUUUGUACCCCAUUGCUCUAGAUGUUGAACAUAUUGCUCAGUCUUCAAUUAUUGUUUUACUGUGAUGCGAGUCCACUUUGACGGAUGUUUAUAUCAACACAAAUAAAUAUUUGGGUAAAGGUUCACUAGGGGGUGUGGAAUAUAUAUAUAUAUUUUUUUUUUUUUUAAAUGAAUUUUUAAUGCAGUUUGACAUUAAACAUUAAAAAUGUACAAAAUCAAUGUUUUAGCUUUUACUGGUCACUUUGUCAAAUUAACAACAUUGCAAUUUAUGUACAUUAGACAUUCUCUAUAUAAAUGUUUAAUGAUCCGGUCUCCCAAAAUAAAAGUACUUUAAUCAUUUAUUCACCUUCAUGUCAUGCCAAACCUGUAUGGUGGUAACCAAACUUUGACCCUUAUUGACUUGUUCUAUGGACACAGAGACAUUUCUUAAAAUACCAUCUUUUGUGUUCCACCAAAAAGAAAGUCAUACAGGUUUUGAUUGACAUGACGGUGAAUAAAUAUGAGUUUUCCUUUUUAGGUCAUUUUUCUAAAAUGUUGAACCCAUCAACCAAAAUUGACAGCAGCAACGAGUUUUGAACAAUUAACCACUGUUGUAUUAUUCCAGAACUCUCUUUUAUCACUUGUUAGGGUUGUCUCAACCAACGCUUGUAUACAUCUCCAGGAGAUUUAUACCUUUAAGGUUUGCCUUUUGUGCCUUUGCAUUCCCUACCAAUCCAAUUUCUAUUCAUCAGCCUGUCUCUCUAAUAAGAUCAAAACGCUUUUUGCCAUGGCUAAACAGAUGUUUGUCGUCAGUUUGGUUAAAUGUGACAGUUGUGAGUGUUGUGAGAAUCAGUCCUCAGUGCAGGAAGAAUCUCACAGACAAAGGUUCCAGCGGUCAAAAGGUCAAACUUUAUUCGCUCGAGCCAACAAAGUGAGAUCAAAUAUCACCUGACAAAUGCACAUCUGACUCCAACAUCUGUACAGAAUUUACAAGCGGUUUACCACAUUGUUACGCUAUCUCUUUCUCCCUUUUGCUUGAUUUUAACUGCAGCAUGGGCUUCAGGGAUUAUGAAAGAAUAUGGUUAUUGUUGGCAUACAUGAUUCGUCAUGAUGUUUACCCAAACUUGGAAAGAAAGCUACUUAAUGCUUUAAAAAGUCCCUAAAACUACUUGCAUAUUGUGAAGUAAAUAAACAAUCAAGUCAGUGUACGUGCUUGUGAAAAGUAUAACUCCCAUAUAUAAAAUAUUAGAAAUUCGCCCAUAUGAGGCUGCAUAUACAGAAUAUUUACAGAAUACUGAUCUUUGUCUCUGUCAUUGAAAAAAACUAUUUUCUGCAAGUACACAUUCCUGUAACACUGGCUACUGGCUGUUUGUGGAAGCGGAGGAGCCGCCUGGGCCGGGUUACUUUUUAUUUACCAUCAUCAUGAUUUCAUCAAUGCAGUGUAAACCCUUAUUCGGACGAGAUAGAUAGGGGUAAAGUAAUGUAAUUUUACACUGCCUAGAACACAAUGCUUCUUCAAGAGACUAUACAAACACAGAUAACAAGAAAUGACAUGCUAUUCCCAUGAGGUCAUUAUUUCCGGACCUUGUUACAAGGUAAAAGACACUGUAAAAAAUGGAACUACAAAUGUUACAUUUGUGCUUAUGCAUUUGGCAGAUAGUAUAACCCAAAUAUCGAAAAUUAUUUGUUUAAUGUUGAAUCAAUGUUCAUUUUCAACAUUUAAUGUAAUAGUCUUUUUUAUUUUAAUGUGUUUUUUUGUUAUUAUAAUAAAUCUGGUAUGAUAACUUGUAUGUAUGUAUACUGUAAUGGCAUAAAACUGUUGUUUUAAAAUAGCAUUUAAAGUUGAAAUUAAAUGUAAAGCCAAAUCGAUUAUAUAUGUAAAAGGAAACAUUAUUUAAUCAUUUCUUUCUAGUGCACUGUGCCCAUUUUAAUUGCAGUAGAAAAUUGAAGUGAUUUCAUCUGUGCUGGCUGUACUUUCAAACCUGCAAGCAGGUUUAUUCAAGGUAAAGGU